ACAAUGACAAACAUAGUUUUGAGAUAAAGAAAGCGAUGGGAUCUAUUCACAGCCCCGAUCCACUUCAUUUUCAAAAGCACCUAAUCUCAGCCGCCCCAAACGAGUCGCGCUAAACUCAACUCGCCGGAGUUCGUCGUCGUCGUCGCAGGAACGCCCACCACCAACACUCACAAAGUCCGUCCAGGUAAAUAUUUGAUUGACAAUCUUCUUAUAUACUUAAUAGUCAAGUUUUUGAGUAUAAGAGAAGCUUUUCAAUGGCCAAGAAACCGGCACCAAAAUCCAGUAAAUUAUCCGUGUACCUGUACGUUCCUAAUAUCAUUGGAUAUAUCCGGGUUCUUUUGAACUGUCUUGCCUUCUCUUUAUGUUUAAAACACAAAAUCGUUUUUCCUAUUCUCUACUUUUUCAGCUUUGUAUGCGAUGCUGUGGAUGGCUGGUGUGCACGAAGAUUCAAUCAAGUGUCAACAUUUGGAGCUGUGCUGGACAUGGUAACAGACAGGAUUAGCACUGCAUGUCUUCUUGUAGUUCUUUCCCAAUUAUACAAGCCUGGCCUGAUCUUCUUGUCAUUGCUCGCCUUAGAUAUUGCCAGCCACUGGUUUCAAAUGUACAGCACUUUCUUGCUGGGAAAGGCUAGUCAUAAAGAUGUAAAAGACAGUACCAAUUGGCUUUUCAAGGCAUAUUAUGGAAAUAGGAUGUUUAUGGCUUACUGUUGUGUCUCAUGUGAGGUUCUUUACUUAAUCCUGUUUUAUCUUGCGGAUAAUCAAACAGAGACAUUGGUGGAUGUUUUAUCAAGUAAUUUGCAAAAGAUAACCAUAAUCUCUUUCCUAAUCAGCACAAGUUUAUUUGGAUGGGCAACCAAGCAAGUUAUAAAUGUUAUUCAGAUGAAAACAGCAGCAGACAUGUGUGUGCUUUAUGAUAUCGACAAAAAACAAAAGCACUGAUGUUUAUUCCAUGUCCACGAAGCCCUUGCCUUUGCCUUCUUGUACCUAGUUUUGAGCUAAAAGUUUGAUAUCAGUAUCCUCGUUGGCAAUUGAGCUUGAAUUAGUCAGUUUUACAUUGUUUGUAACAAAAGAAAUACUGAAAUGGAACAGUGCUGAAUUAGAAAAUCCAGCCUUGCAUGUAGAAAAAAUUCAGUAGCACGAAGUUCGUUGCCUUUUUUGUUCACUUUACAUCACACUACAACUGAUGUAUUCAGUUCUGAAUUCCUAAUCCAUUGAAGUCUGUAUUAUCUGCUCCUGGAGAAUUAUCGCACCGACUAUGAAUUUGUGAUUAUUUUGUUUUGGGGUUUUGGAAUUUGAAUAAACUGAAUAAGCGCAUAUAUUUCA